GCCGCCAUUUUCGCAUUUUGUGGAAAGAGAUAAUCUUCCAUAUUGUGCAGACAUGUCUGGAAUUGCCAUUGCACGUUUAGCUGAAGAGAGGAAAGCAUGGAGGAGGGACCAUCCCUUCGGUUUUGUUGCAAAACCAAAUAAAAAUCCUGAUGGGACACUGAACUUAAUGAACUGGGAGUGUGCAAUACCUGGCAAAAGAAAUACAGCAUGGGAAGGAGGGCUUUAUAAACUAAGAAUGCUAUUCAAAGAUGACUACCCAUCAACACCGCCAAAAUGUAAAUUUGAACCGCCACUGUUUCACCCGAAUGUAUAUCCAUCAGGAACAGUGUGUCUCUCAUUGCUUGAAGAAGAUAAAGACUGGCGGCCAGCUAUUACUAUUAAGCAGGUAUGAAAUUUUACCUUGUCUACAUCAUCUUUGAUGAAGGUAAGGCUUAUUUGUUGGGAAAAUCUCUGUCCUCGUUGUAGUUGUUGUCGUUCUCGUGUUGACUUUUGCUAGUGGUUACAAUAACUUGAAAAAAUUCUUUCAAAAUUGAAUACUGGAUUUACCUGUCUGGGAGCACAGUCAGUUGGCGCACACGUGAUAAUAAAAUAAAUAUUUACCAUAUGGGGGCC